CAGUAAAUACUAAAUCAUAAAUAAAGUAUGUAAGUUCCCAAUUAAAAUAAAUUUUAUUAGUUAAAAUAAACAAUUAAUUAAAUCCAAUUGAAUUACAGACAAUAUAUGUAGAGAAAUCGUACAUAGGUAAAUUUAAUUGUCUAGAAAGAUGGAAGCAACUCCGGCUAAUAACAUUAAGUUUAGCGAUUUGUGUUCGGUGUUACAACAAAUACAUAAAAAUAAGAAGAAUAGGCAUGAACAAGACAAAAUUGUGACUAAUUUUGUAAAUGAUUUUAGACUCAAUUCUGGAGCAUUUAUAGAAAAGAAGAAUUCAACAUUCUAUCCAGUAAUGAGGCUGCUUCUACCAGACCGCGACCGGGAAAGAGGAGCCUACAAUUUAAAAGAAGCUAAACUGGGCGCGUUACUUGUCAAAGUAUUAUCUCUGAACAAACAAUCUCAGGAUGCACAAAAGUUGCUCAACUUUCGAUCAGUCCAGAGUAAUACACAUGAGAGCGAUUUUGCGAACGUUGCAUAUUUCAUUUUCAGGAAUAGAAUACAAAAUGUUGGCAAUUUAACAAUAGGAGAUGUCAAUGCUAUUCUCGACAAAAUUUCUGCUGCUGAAGUCGGCAGUAAGGGAUUUAUACUAGACGAGGCUUUUAGCUAUGCAAUAAAAAAUAUGUCGGCCGAACAGUUCAAAUGGUUUCUAAGAAUUAUCCUGAAGGACUUAAAAUUGAAAAUGGGGAUACAUAGGAUACUAGCUGCAUUCCAUCCAGAUGCCCCAGAGUUGUUCGACAGUUGUGCAAACCUUAGUAAGGUUUGCGAAGACCUUGAAGACGGCGAUACUCGUCCUUUAGAGCUAGGUGUUAAGGUGUUUUUUGCUGUAAGCCCAAUGCUGUCUGAGCGACUUGAUGUAACACGAAUAGCUCAACUGUCCCCUAACAAUACGUACCAUAUUGAGGACAAGUUUGAUGGCGAAAGAUUUCAGAUGCACAUGGAAAACGGAAUAUUCGAGUAUUAUUCAAGAAAAGGAUUUCGUUACUCAGACAGCUACGGAAAGACCUACGAGUCUGGUUUGCUGACUCCAAACCUACAGAGUUCGUUCAGUUCGAAUGCAACCAGUUUUAUACUGGACGGAGAAAUGAUGGGGUGGCAUAAAGAGUAUAAAUGCUUCGGUUCAAAAGGUAUGGCGUAUGAUAUCAAGAAAAUAACUGAGAACUCAAGAUAUCGACCAUGUUUCUGUGUUUUUGAUAUUUUGUAUUACAAUGGAAAGUCACUGAUCGGGCCCCCUGAAAAGGGAGGGCUCCCACUUAAGCAGAGGCUCGAAAUAUUGGACUUGUUAUUUUUUAAUAUACCUGGCGUCAUACAACACAGUAGGCGACAUAUCGUAAAGAGCAAUGUGGACAUAUUGAACGCUCUGAACAAAGCUAUCGAAAACCAAGACGAAGGGGUCGUGGUGAAGGACGUCGACUCGUUUUACAUCGCUAACCGGCGGAACGCUGGGUGGUACAAGAUAAAACCUGAGUAUACAGAGGGCGCAAUGACGGACCUAGAUUUAGUUAUAAUUGGAGCGGAUGAGGCGGAGAAUAAGAGACAAGGUCGCGCCAAGAGUUUCCAUGUGGCCUGCGCUGAUGUUGACUCAGAUGGUGUAACAAGCCGUUGGGUGUGCGUGGGACGCGUCGCUACGGGGUUCACAUACGAGGAACGUGAGACAGUAUGCGCACACUUGGAGCGAUACUGGAGUGUCUCUAAGAAGACCAGUCCACCGCCCUGUCUCUACUUCAACAAGGAGAAACCUGACUUCUGGAUAUUACCACAACAUUCUAUUGUACUUGAGGUACGUGCUACAGAACUAGUUCGCAGCAGUGGUACGGGCACGGAGUACACGCUGCGGUUUCCUCGCGUCACCAACAUCAGAGCUGAUAAGCCGGUUUCUGACAUCAUGACGCUGCUAGACUUCCAGCGUAUCGUGGCUGAAAGAAACCCUGUGAUCAAGCUGAGCACGAAACGCAUAAGCGACACUCAAAUCGCGGAAGCCGUCACCAAGUCUCGUAAAUCCCGACCGGCCAAGACAGUACAAGUUGCUGAGCAGUUCCGCUCUAGAGCUGCUGACGUAGUUGUGACGUCACACGCCCUGAAGGACAGGGAGGUGUGUGUGCUCUCUGACGAUGGAGAUUGUAAGAAGACAGAGCUAAUUAGAAUUGUUGAAAGUCACGGCGGGAAGCAUGUGGAGAAUCCAGGUCCUAAAACCUGGUGCUGCAUCGUGGGUUCACAGAGCUUCCGUACUCGACGCCUUAUAGAAAGCAACAUGUACGAUGUCAUCACAGCCAGCUGGCUUAGAUCCCUUCCAUCUUCUCACAGACGCUGCACGCUAUCACCGGUCGACAUGUUGUCUAUAAAGAAAUCCACUAAACUGUCCUUGAGCAUAGAGUAUGAUAAGUUUGGUGAUAGCUACAAGCAACCCAGCGACCAAGAUACUUUGGACAAGUGUUUGAAGAAAAUGGAUUGCGAGAUACCGACCUAUUUAACACGACAAGAAAUGAUUGAAGUUGAUGCAGAAAUAUUUGGCAAUAACAAUCCAUUUUCCUUCCUGCGGCCAUGUUUGAUACAUGUCAUAGACAAUGAUGUCAUCGCAGCAAAAGCUAGAUUUUUUGGCGCCAAUCUGCAAAACCGUAAUGGAAAUUUGACUCAUAUAGUUGUUCCACGCGAAUUCACAGAUGUAAUAAAUACUAAGAGAAAUGUUCAUGUAGUCUACGAAGAUUGGUUGGAGAAAUGUUUUGAAGAGAGGAGAUUAUGUAACGACUUGCCAUUUUUACGCAACUGAAAUAUACGGGAUGAUAAAAUUGGACAUAAACUAUACUUAUACCUUGAAAUAUCCUGUCAUUUUCUUAUAUGCUGCCAAUCGCAAAUUUGUCUAUGAUCUGGAGUUUUUCGCCAUCUCUAUCGAAAAUAAAUUCACAGGGGCAAAUGAUCUUCCCAAUAAAAUUGUGACCAUAAGGAAAAGGAACUCCGGCUGAGCUAAUGUUUGGGAUCAAAAUAGUUGUAUUUUGGCAUCGUUGUAGGUAUGCUAUUGCCACACUGGCAAUUACAAUUUGAUUUAUGGAAUUAUGAAAUUGUUUUUGUUACUUAAUUAUUACCUACUGUAACAUGUAUAAACAUAACUAAUUAAAUACAAAUCGAUUUACGAAA